AAGCACAACAUUUGAUUGUUUAUGCAACUGCAAGAACAAAAUCCUAAUUCUUUAUCUCCCAUGCCUCUGUGCUGCUGCGUUUUUUCUUUCUAAAUUUCUGUUGCAGAAUCCCAGAUUUAAUUCGUUUGAUUUGGGAUCAGUUGUCGAGUCUUUUCGUCGUUUAAACCCCUCGAUUCCGUGAAUUAGGGUUUCUUUUCUUUGGGUUACCAUGUUCGAUUGAAUUGAUUGGAAUUGCUGAAUUUUUUGGGGAAUUAAUUGAUAAUUCCGAAUUCGAACGGGUUGUUUCGGAGGCUGUAGAAUGUUUAUCUGUUCUAAUUAUCUCAAUUAACGAACCAUUCUUUCAUUAUAUUAGCUUGGCGGUGGGUCGCAAAAUUCCCACAUUCUUUCUAUCUGAACCGAUAAAUCUUGAUACGUUUUUGUUUCUUUCUCCACCAAACCGGACUGAAGUUAGGGUUUCUAUUGAGAUUUCUGGUAUGAAAAGAGGGUUAACGAUGGAUAAUUGUUACGGUCAGGGAAGAAGAUGAUUGAACCGAUGGUGCGAUCAAAAAUGCCGAAUGUUAAACGCUGCAAAUUGGAGGAAAUUGAUGCGGAUACGACAGAUGAUUCACAUCGUCAUUACCCUUCUGGGAGUUUUACCAAGAAACAAAGAACAAACACCGUGUUCGUGGCAAAUGCUGAUAAGGAAGCCUGUUUUAUCGACUACGAAAACGUCGUUAACGCUUGGUGCACCGGAGGAGUUCCAUGUACCCCUACCGAUUUGAAGUCGAGUUCAGGUUCAAUUCAAUUACUCAAGUCUUCUCGAAGUCGUCUAUCAGUAUGUCCCUCGCGAUUUAACGAUUCAGUUAUAGGUUUGUGGAAGAAAGAGAAUGAUACCGAUAUGAUUACGAACAUAAAGAAGCGCAAAAGCCCAUUUUGUGACAGAGAAUCAGUACCGAAGAAACAGAGUAUGGAAGUGAUGGUGGGUGAAAUGUACACAAGUUCCUCUAGUUCUGCAACUUCAAUUGGUAAUAAUAAUUUUAACAGCAAUAAGAAGGCGAGAAAGACAAUCAAGAAUAAAAACAAGAAGGAAUCUUAUGCACAUGGAGAUUUUCAUAGAGGUGAAAUUGUGUGGGCAAAAUGCUCGAAUAGGUUUCCAGCUUGGCCAGCUAUUGUGAUCGAUGCACAACAAGAAGCUCCUGUAUCUGUAAAGAAAGCCCGCGUUCCAAACACUGCUUGUGUUAUGUUUUAUGGGUAUUCAAAAAGAGGAACAAGGGAUUAUGCAUGGGUGAAAGACGGAAUGAUAUUUCCUUUUUUGGAGUAUUUAGACAGAUUUCAGGGACAAACUCAAUUGUACGGAUGCAAACCAGAUGAUUUUCGUAAGGCAAUAGAAGAAGCAUACAUUAUUGAAAAUGGGAAUUUGAAUUCUUGCUAUGAGGACAAACAAGAAUGUUCAAGUGAUUCCGAUUCCGCUUCCGAUUGUGAACCCGAUUCGGAUUCCGAUUCUGACCCCGAUUCGGAUUCUGAUUCCGAUCUUGUUGAGAUCAAAGUGAAAACUGCUACAGAACGUCAUCUUACAUAUUUCAAAAGUAAAAAGAUUGUUUAUAAUAAGAAAGAGGAGCAACCAUGUGAGAGCUGUGGUUUGAUUUUUCCAAAUGAAACAAUGAAUAAUGCUUUGUGUGAGCGUUGUACUCCAAAAGUUAAUAAGAAUAUCAUUACAGAAUGCAAAAGUCAACCUUCUGUUGACCAAUUAGCUGUAGAUAAAUCCCCACCAAAACCCCGCAGAUUAACAGAAAAUAAUGCUCAAAGUACAUUGCCUGAUAAAAUAAGUGUCAUCUGCAACAACAUGGAAGGGAUUUAUUAUCCAAAUCUUCAUUUAGUUGAGUGUAAAUGUGGUUCAUGUGGGACAAGAAAACAAACCCCAUCUGAAUGGGAACGCCAUACUGGUUCCAGAGCAAAAAAGUGGAAAGUCAGCAUUAAAGUCAAGGGUUCAAUGUUACCCCUCGAAAAAAUGCUUGCAGAUAAUAACGUUCAUUAUGUUAAGUCUUCUCCUUUAGAUGAACAACAGUUAUUUUCAUUUCUUCAAGAGAAGUAUGAACCUAUUCAUGCAAAGUGGACAACUGAAAGAUGUGCUAUAUGUAGAUGGGAUGAAGAUUAUGAUAUCAACAAAAUUAUCAUCUGCAACAGGUGUCAAAUAGCUGUGCAUCAAGAAUGUUAUGGAGUUAGAGAUGUUCAUGACUUCACAUCUUGGGUUUGUAGGGCAUGUGAAACACCUGAAAUUGAAAGAGAAUGUUGUCUAUGUCCUGUUAAAGGUGGGGCUAUGAAGCCAAGUGAUAUAGAACCCUUGUGGGUCCACGUCAUCUGUGCAUGGUUUAGACCUGAAGUUGCUUUUUUAAGUGAUGAAAAAAUGGAACCUGCAACUGGGCUUUUAAGGAUUCCACCUGAUUCAUUUGUUAAGGCAUGUGUAAUUUGCAAGCAAAUUCAUGGUUCUUGCAUACAGUGUUGCAAAUGUGCCACUUUCUUUCAUGCAAUGUGCGCUUCACGUGCUGGAUACUGUGUUGAACUGCAUUCGUCUGAGAAAGGUGGGAUUUAUAACACCAAAUGGACAACAUACUGUGCUAUCCACAGAACACCAGCAGACAAUGGGAUUGUGAUCAGGACUUCAUCAGAGGUGUUUUGUGCAACAGGAUUGCUUCAAAAACAGAAUCAAAAACAGAGUUUUAGAGGCUCAAGACUCGUAUCAUGUGCAAAUGUAAAUCUUUCUUCUUCUUCAACAUCAGAGAACAAUGAGUUUGAGCCUCUAUCUGCUGCCAGGUGUCGCAUUUAUACACCAUCAACCACCAAGAAUGAUGUAAAGGAAGCGUUGUUUCACCGAGUUAUGGGCCCAAUUCAGCAUCCUGUAGAUGCCAUCGAUUCCUUAACUCCCAACAGUGAAGUUCAAGAUUUGAAUUCGUGUUUGACAUUCAAGGAAAGACUCGACAGUUUACAGAGGAUGGAAAAACAUCGUGUGUGUUUUGGUAAAUCUGGAAUACAUGGGUGGGGCCUCUUUGCACGUAGGAAGAUACUAGAAGGAGAAAUGGUUCUUGAAUACCGGGGUGAGCAGGUGAGGCGCAGUGUAGCAGAUUUGAGAGAGGUCAAAUAUAGAUCUCAAGGGAAAGAUUGCUAUUUGUUUAAGAUUAGUGAGGAUAUUGUAAUUGAUGCCACAAAUAAGGGUAAUAUGGCACGCUUAAUUAACCAUUCGUGUAUGCCGAAUUGCUAUGCUAGGAUUUUGAGUAUGGGUGAGGAGGAGAGCCGGAUAGUCCUCAUUGCUAAAAGCAAUGUUGCCGCUGGUGAUGAAUUGACGUAUGACUACAAAUUUGAUCAAGAUGAGCAAGAUGAAGUUAAAGUCCCUUGUUUAUGUAGAGCCUCCAAUUGUCGAAAUUUCAUGAAUUAGUUAUACUUAGUAUAUAACCAAAGUUGCUUUUUUUUUUUCUUUAUAGCAUGUAAAUUCUAGUCAUAUCUUCCAACGUUUUUCAUUCAAAUGAUUAUCGAGUAUUCUUUUUCAUGGAAAGAAAGAUUUUGAUUUGUUUGUUUGUUUA